GUUGUGACUGCAGUCCGGACAGUCAGCAGAGUGCUGUAGAACGGGCUGGUGUGUGAAGGACGCGCAGUCUCUCUCUGCUGUCGAAGGGUAACGGGACUGAGGAGGCUGAGCUCCAACAUUUGAGCGGGCAGAGCUCCGAUCUAACCGGGACAAACUCACCGAGAAGAGGAGAGCUUGCAGGAGCGCUGCGUAAAGACGCACGUAAAGAGUUAUCCAAGGCUACAGUUUAACCGAGAGGGGACUCUGAACUACGGGGACACGUUUUUAUCACCCUCUUGUUAACCUCUUUUACUCGCCACAUCGACUCUUUUUCAACAUUUUCACAGCGAGAAAGGACAGGUUUUUGUACUCGCGCUAAUCCACUCUUCUCGCUCCGUGUUUGGUUUUCUUUCUCUCCAUGGAUUUAGCCCUCUGAGCGGCCGGGCUGCAGUGGACUUUGCCCAGGGGGGAUCAUAGCUCCCCCGGUCACCAGGAGAGCCCGGCAGCUGUCGUUCAUGUUCCAAAGGGGCUGCUUUUGAUGGAUUUAUAAGAUCGACUUCGUUUUCCGAGGGAUACGCAACGCCCGCUCACAGACUGCUUUUAAGGAAAGGAUACAGCGGCGACAACAGAGCUCCAAAUGAGGAUUUCAAUAUUCACUCGAAUCGACUGGGAUAAGGAGUGAUCCCCCACCCCCCCCCCCCUGGUGCCAGUCAUCGCUCCGUGGACAGACCGGGAGGAAAGGAUUCCGAUUUAGAGACUUUUUGUGGGUUUCUGAAGUUCCCAAUGCCAGGGACCGAAGUGUGAAGCCAACUCCAGGCUUCCGGCGUACAUUUCUACCUUUUUUUUUUUUUUAAACCAGAAGACACACACAGACGAUGGAGAGGAUCUGCACCUUCUGCCUUCUCCUGCUCUGUUUGAUGGACAGAGUUUCCGCCAGGUCCAUUGACGAAGGAAGGACUAAAGAUCUCCGGGUCUCCAGGCCUCUGAUUGUGCCAGGUUACCCAGAAAACACCACAGGGCUGGUGGGCGGUCAGGCGACGCUGGUGUGUAAAGUCCACCGGCCGGCGACCACCAAGGUGCAGUGGCUGAAGACCGAGGUCGGCCAGGGAGGUCAGCCUCACCUCAGAGCUCUGACGGCCCUGCAGAGCAACACGUCCAAGGUGAACACUUUGCAUCUGUCCAACAUCACUCUGAAGGACGCAGGAGAGUACCUCUGCAUGGCUGAGAGCACCCACGCAGGGCAGACAGUGCAGGCCAUGCAGUCGGCGUGGCUGGACGUCCUGCCUGGUACCUUCAUUUCCCAAACUGUGGACCUGACUGCUGCUGACAUCCCAUCAGAUGUUCUCGAGGACCUGAGUGAGGACACAACAGAACAUCUUCUGCUGGAGCCGGGCAACGUCCUGAAACUGCGCUGCGACACGAGCACUCGGCCAGGCAUGGCGGUCAACUGGUACAAGGAGGGAGUCCGGGUUCUGCCCACGCCCCGCAUCCAGAUCCGCGUAGCCAUUAUGGAGAUCACGGACGUGACAUACGAGGACUCUGGCGUUUACGUUUGUGUUGUCCGGGGAACCAAAGAGCCUGUGAGGAACUUCACCAUCACUGUGGCAGACUCGUUGGGGUCAGGGGACGACGAUGAGGACAACGGGCUGGAGGACUCAUCGGCUGAGAUCGAAAACGACCAGGUUUACUUCUCCAGAGGUCCCUACUGGACCCACACCCAGCGUAUGGAGAAGAAGCUGUAUGCCGUUCCUGCAGGCAACACGGUGAAGUUUCGCUGCCCGGCCAUGGGCAGCCCCAUCCCGAGCAUCCGCUGGCUCAAAAAUGGACGUGAAUUUAGAGGAGAGCACCGCAUCGGAGGCAUCAAGCUGAGACACCAGCACUGGAGCCUGGUGAUGGAGAGCGUUGUGCCUUCAGACAGAGGAAACUACACCUGCAUGGUGGAGAACAAAUACGGCUCCAUCGCUCACAGCUACGUCCUCGAUGUCCUGGAGCGUUCCCCACACAGACCCAUCCUGCAGGCCGGUCUACCAGCCAACACCACAGCAGUGGUGGGCAGCGACGUCCAGUUCCACUGUAAGGUCUACAGCGAUGCCCAGCCUCACAUUCAGUGGCUCAAACACAUAGAAAGGAACGGCAGCCGCUACGGUUCUGACGGGACGCCUUAUGUCCGGGUCCUCAAGACCGGCAGUCUGAACAUGUCAGAGGUGGAGGUGCUCUACCUGUCCAAAGUUACCAUGGAGGAUUCAGGAGAGUACACCUGUCUGGCCGGAAAUUCAAUCGGAUUCGCGCACCAGUCCGCCUGGCUCACUGUCCUCUCAGAGGAGGAAGCAGCAGACGCCAUGGACACCAUGGAGACCAAGUACACUGACAUCAUCAUCUACGCCUGCGGUUUCCUGGCUCUGAUCAUGGCCAUCGUCAUCGUGGUGUUGUGUCGAAUGCAGGUCCAUCCCAGAAGGGAGCCGUUUGACGCCCUCCCUGUCCAGAAGCUCUCCAAGUUUCCUCUACGCAGACAGUACUCGGUGGACUCCAACUCGUCAGGGAAGUCCAGUGCGUCGCUCAUGAGGGUGGCUCGCCUCUCGUCCAGCUGCUCCCCAAUGCUGGCUGGAGUCAUGGAGUUUGAGUUGCCCUACGACCCGGACUGGGAGUUCCCCAGGGAGAAUUUAACGUUAGGCAAACCUCUAGGAGAAGGCUGCUUCGGUCAGGUGGUCAGAGCUGAGGCCUACGGCAUCAACAAGGACUCUCCGGAUCCGGCGUCCACUGUCGCGGUUAAGAUGCUCAAAGAUGACGCCACAGACAAAGAUCUGGCAGACCUCAUCUCGGAGAUGGAGCUGAUGAAGGUGAUGGACAAACACAAGAACAUCAUCAACCUGCUUGGAGUAUGCACGCAGGAUGGCCCUCUGUAUGUGCUGGUGGAGUACGCCUCCAAAGGCAGUCUGAGAGAGUACCUGCGGGCCCGGAGACCCCCAGGCUUGGACUACACCUUUGAUGUGACCAAGGUGCCUGAGGAGCAGCUCACCUUCAAAGACCUGCUGUCCUGCGCCUACCAGGUGGCCAGAGGGAUGGAGUACCUGGCCUCUAAAAGGUGCAUCCACAGAGAUCUGGCGGCCAGGAACGUUCUGGUGACCGAGGACAACGUGAUGAAGAUCGCUGACUUCGGCCUGGCCAGAGGAGUCCACCAGAUCGACUACUACAAGAAAACGACCAACGGACGGCUGCCGGUGAAGUGGAUGGCACCAGAGGCUUUGUUUGACCGAGUCUACACACACCAGAGCGAUGUGUGGUCGUUUGGCGUACUGAUGUGGGAGAUCUUCACGCUGGGCGGCUCACCGUACCCUGGGAUCCCCGUCGAGGAGCUUUUCAAGCUGCUGAAGGAGGGACACCGAAUGGACAAACCCUCCAACUGCACACAUGAACUCUACAUGAUGAUGCGUGAGUGCUGGCAUGCGGUUCCCACCCAGAGGCCGACCUUCAAACAGCUGGUGGAGGAGCUGGACAAAGUGCUGCUGUCCAUCUCAGACGAGUACUUGGACCUGUCGACACCCUUCGAGCAGUACUCCCCGUCGUGCGAGGACACGUCCAGCUCCUGCUCCUCCGACAACGACUCCGUUUUUACCCACGAUGCCUUGUCCACCGACCCCUGCCUCCUGGGCUACCAGGACGUGCGCUCCCGGAUAGACAUGAAAAAGCCGCUCCGAUAGACUCACGACUGAAGGCACCCACACAUACACAGACACGAACACAAGGUAACGCAUCCACUGGUGGCCAUAUUGGAGGCCCGCCGCUGCAUUUUCUAACGUUAAGUUGAAGCUUCUGUUCAUGAAGUUUUCCAUUGGACCUCCAUCAUGGCACCAGUCGAAGCCCUUAGAUACAGGUGGCCAUUUACACACACACAUAGAAACACAUGCAGGCACGUGGAGCACUGAGGCCGCUGGGCUUCAUCACACGGUGAAGGUUUUGAAGAAAAGCAUUUCAUCGUGGACAGAAGAAAAAAGGACAAACUAAACGUUAUCAGCUCUGGCACUGUGCCCAAGAACAGUUGGAAAAGUCGGAAAACUGCGGCACUAAACACCACAGAAAAAAAAAGAACCUGGUACCCACGCUUUCUUUGAUCAACUCUCCCUCAGCGAGGCGACGGACAAUGAUCUCCUUACACAUCCCAAAACCAGGUUCGAGAAACCUCGGUGAUAAAGACAUUUUUAACAAAACAAAAAAAAAAAAGAUUUAUUUUGCUAUGAUAAAAAAGAAGAAAACAGAUUGUUAAAUUUAAAUCUCUCUAUAUAAGAUUAUUUUACUUUUGUGUUGCUUAUUUAAAAAGAAAAACGGUCUUAAAUCUCAGGAUCCCUUGUGCUAAGAAGUUGCUGUAGCGGCAGCAAAGUGCCAUAUGAUUUCCUGUGAAUAUAUUAGAAUAUUAAAAAAAUAUUGUAUGUACAUAUCAACAGCAGAAAGACGAUUGUCUUUCAUAAAUUAUUCUGAAUGACACAAAAAUGAAGGUUAUUGGAGGCGAAAGGAGAGAGGAAUUUAAUCUGGUGUUUCAAGUGCCAAACCUGUCGCAGCUGUCACAUUGUCUUCAUGUCCAGGUUUCAUCCCAAAAAUAUUCAAUUUAGAAAACUAAUUGUAUUCAAUGAUCUCCAAAGAUCACCCAAAUCAUAAAGUAACAAUACAUGCUGUUAAAAUUGGUGCACAUCAGCAACUUUUGCAAAAAAAAUUCCAAUUCAACCCAUAUCUUGACCAACUGAGAAACACAAAAUUCAACAACUCUAACCUCAAAUGUAUGUGGUUAAAGAAUGAUGGAUUGGUGCCUUGAAAGAUGGCUUAAUUUUUUAUUUUGGAAUGAAACCCUCCAUUUGUCAUUUUGUAGUAAACUGCUUCGACCUCCAGCCCAGGAAAACAAUUUAGUGGUUAAAUACCAGAGAGAGUUCCAGUUCUUGUUGCUGUUGUUGGACGGAAACCACCCAAAAUGUUUUUAGCAAGUUUUGAAGUGUUCAAAGCUCAUGAGACUCAUGUACGUGUUCAAACAACCACGUAAACUUGGAGACAACAUUACGUGCGCUUCCUUUAACAACAGCUUUACUCUUUCAGUCUACAUUGUCAGAGACAGUUGUGUCCAGGGUGGGACUUAACCUAAAUAGCAUUGGGGACUCUGUUGGGGAGCUUGCCCAAGCCCACUGUCACUGCUGACAAGGAGGAGGAGGUGGUGGUGGUGGUGGUGGGGGGUGUGGGGGCACUGAAUGUGAAAGCCAGUGUGAUUGAUUUCAAAUAGAGAAGAAGGGGGAGGAAGCCUCCUUUGUCUGGCUGUAACCCUUCACCCAGCCCAAUCUGUUGGUUAGGGGUCCUCAGGUCCGCAGCCUGGCCGGACAAUGAAGGCUUUGCAGGCUUAAUGGGUGUGACUACGGACCAGAGGGAGUUUUGCGGGGGUGGGGGGGGGGGUUGGUGGUGGAUGUGUGGGGAUUGCUUGUGUGCAAAUGAAGAGGCUCUUAUUAUGGUAAUGUGUCCUCUUCUCUCCCAAACGCCCCUAUCUUUAUCCCCACAGCCACCAUCUUUGAAAUUACCAAUCUUAAUUCAGAUUCACCAUCGGGACCAGCUGCAGAAAAUUCCCCUGUGGGGUAAAAAUGCCAACUAAGUCCCGGUCCUCCUGCUGAAUCUGACCACAGACAAAACAAUUUAGACACAAAGCAAACAACCAUUGACAGAAAAAAAAAGAUUUCAACAAAAAAAGAGAUUGUACCAAGCUAAUCCGGUGAUUCCGUUGAAUUUAAUUGACUUUCAUCCGAAAUGUACUAUACUAUGCUGUACCUGCAUCGCCAGUUGUGUCGCUUCAUUUCUCUCUGGUCGUUUUUUUUUUUUUUUUUAAGUGUUGCAAAGAUGAAAAAAGGUUUAAUUCCAAAAUGCUUAAAAUGCAUCCUCCAAUCAUCUUCCUUUGUGUGAAACCAGUCAACCGUUUAGUCAAUGAAGGAUUCGUGUAUCUUCUCUCCUCAUUUGUUUGCUCUUCGUGCUGUCAAUCAUCUGGUGUGAGAUGGUGUCUCGUUUUGGAAUUAAGCUUUUUUACAUUUACAUACAAACACACAAAGUGUCCGGACACAUUUACAUCUUUACAUUCCAGUUAUCUGCUCUUCUCCCAGAUACAAACCGUAAACAAUCACAGAGUUCUUAAACAUUUCCUCAAGAGAAUUAUUUUAGAAAUAUCUAAUUUAUUUGUUUAUUGUUUUGUUUUUAUAUGAAAUAAAGUAUAAUUUAAAAUAAA